AUGAGCGGCUCCAAUAAUAAUGAUGGUUAUCAUGGCAUGAUAUCCAAUACGCUUGGUUCGGCGGUCGCUGGAAUUGUCAGCCGCACAUUCACUCAUCCCAUUGAUACAGCCAAAUCACGGCUGCAGGCUCAAUACAGUGUUACUAGUGCUAGUUCUUCAUCAGUCACCCCCCAAUAUCGAGGAACAGUGGAUGUCCUGCAAAAGACCUUUCGGACCGAAGGAAUCCGAGGGCUCUACCGUGGAUUUGGUGCCAUUUUGGUGGGUGGAACUCCAGGGACGGUAACCUAUCUGUGUACAUACGAAUUUGCCAAGGAUAGUCUGUCGUCUGCUAUGAAAGGUCAGGAUGAUUCCUCCUACAAUAAUAAUGAUCAAGGAGGAGACUUUUUGAUUCAUUUUUCGGCUGGAAUGAUUGCCGAAACAAUCGCCUGCAUCAUUUAUGUCCCUGUGGAUGUCAUUAAGGAACGUCUUCAGGUACAGCAUGCAGCAUCCAGCAGCAAUAACUCGGCUUCGUCCAACUACCAAGGGAGCUACGAUGCCUUGAAGAAAAUUGCCAAAACAGAAGGUUUAUCUGGAAUUUACAAGGGCUAUGCUGCCACCUUGGCAUCCUUUGGACCCUUCUCGGCACUCUACUUUAUGUUUUACGAACGCUUCAAAUCGGAAACACGAUUCUACCUAUUUGAUCCACAGCGGAUCCAACCUAAAACGACAAUUGACAAGAAGGAAAUCCCCUUUCCAUGGCUCGUCUUGUGCAGUUCAUCGGCCGGGGGACUAGCUUCCUGGUUGACAUCGCCUCUGGACAUGGCCAAACUGAGGCUCCAGGUCCAACGAGGAGAAAAUGCAGUUGCAUCAUCAUCUUCUUCUUCAUUGGUAUCGUACAGGGGUGUGGUGGAUUGUCUACAAACCGUGUAUCGACAAGGGGGUAUGCGUGGUUUAUUCCGAGGAGCAGGAGCUCGUGUUUGCUUUUAUGCUCCAGCCACCACAAUCACCAUGAGUUGUUAUGAGACGUGUCGGUCCUUUGUGGCCAAGUUAUUGGUGGCAGAAGACCGAUGA